GAGGCGCCCUCGCGACGAUCUUGAUACUUGCCUUCCAGCUCUCCCUCGCAUGAAAAAGUCCUGCUUAAGGUCAUCCAUUGCCGUUGAUUCAGACGCAGACCAUGGCUCUGUUCCCCUUGGCAAGAAGCAUGUUGCCUUUGGCGAGGAAGGAAGUGAGCAAGUCUUUCAAGCUGACGAGUGGGACCGCGCCCCAACCGAAAUAUUACAACGCCCCUCAUACGACGAUGGACUGGAGCUCAAGAUGAUUCAGCGUUCCCCGCCUCGCGCUCAGCAGCCAUGCAUCCCACCCCUGCAACAACAGGAUAUCCCAGGCGGGCCGCAACCGAUGGCCAAUGGUAAUAUAGCGUGUCAAGGGUCGAUUCAAGGCGCGCCCAUGAACAACUUCCCGCCACAUCCUGGUGGCUAUUACAUGAUGAUGGCGAAUGCAAAUCCACACAUGCAGUACCACCACGCCCAUUCUGGCUAUUACGGUGGACAUGCCCACGUACUUACACUCCCCAUCAUACCCACAACCGCAUCCUCCCCGCCUCCCCUCAGCGAACCCUCUUCCAUGGACAUCAACAUACACAACUCUCCUUACGAUGAUCCUGACGGAAUAGCUAGCUACUCCAUGGCAGACCAAGACGGUAGUGAGAUGUUGCAUUUUAGCGGUAUGAUUCUGACCCCCUCCCUCCCAUCUAUGCAACCACAGGUUCAGUCUCUCUGGUAUGUUUAAUUGAAAUAUACACCUGGCUUACCUGGCCACCUAGGCUUCUACUUCUUCUUUGAAAACAACGAUGACAGAGGAACCCACCAAUCAAGAAUUACCAGUUUCUGCGUCAGAUCCGCUGAAAGAUCUUACCAACGAACUCUUGGGAAUAUCGUACUAUCCGGUUGCUUCCGGAGGUUUUGGGGACAUCUGGAAGUGUCUUUUAGUGAAGUCCAGUGAGACCGUCCAGGUAGCAGUGAAGACCAUUCGGGCUUUCGAGUCAG